AUGGCGGAUUCAAAUAACGAACUGAAUCGGAAUUUAAGACAUCAAUGCCUGAAAUUACCAACAGGAAAAAAGUAUUAUUUCUAUAUCGUAGCUGCCGAGGACGAUCGUGAACAGGUUGAAGAAAUAGUCAUUAUACUGAAAGAACGUUUCCACUUGAAAUGUUUGUAUGAUGUAGUUGAUUGUUAUCCUGGUGUGGACAAGUUUAAUUUCAUGAAAGCGGGAAUGAAAGAUUAUAAAAUUAUUCUUGAAGAUGUUGGAGAAGAAACAUUCUCUCUUCUUUCAUUUCUAAAGUUUGUUAAUGCAAGAUGUGUCGAUGCAGCUGGGGUAGCCAGUAAAAUAGCAGAAUCCGUAGAGAGUUUGGAUUUGAGUAAGAGCAUGUUUCCACUAGAAUUCGCGAACGUUAUAGCCAGAUUUGAAAAUGGGUACAGUGUUGAAAUUCCUGUCGAGAAAGACAUACUUCGAUUUAACAGACCUGCAAAGCGUAAGUUUCACGUGAACAGAGACUUACUUACAGAGCUAACAAAUAGUCAAAUGAAGGACUAUUUGGAAUACUUUAUCCAAGAACGCCGCCAACUUUUACCUGCAGAUUUGAACAUCAGCCCAAAGGAAUACGCUUUGAAUUUGAUUGAAAUUCAUACUGCCGAAAUAUCAAAAGUCAUGACCUUGAAUUACGACGACCUGCCUGAUGCAUCACAGAACCGACAUACCCUUAGAAAAGGAAAAGAAUGUCUCUGUCAAAGAAUAGAACGAUGUCUCUCACUUGUCGAAAGAACAAACAUCAUUUGACACUGCGUCUAUAAUAAUGGUUUCGGCUAGAAUUUGUUCGAAAAGACUGGCGUGACAGACAAAUAUACUUACAAAGACGUCAUAACACUAGUGAAAUUAAAACAUCGCUUUUAUUCAAAUAUAGUUCAUAUAUAUGAAAUAAAAGGCUAAAAAAUAACAGGCACGGUACAUCUAAACGUUGUUUACAACGAGUGGUAUACAAUUACUAUAAUGGAUCAAUUCACAUCGAUGCAGCCCAGUGUUUCCCUGGUAGAUGCAAGAAUUAUCUUUCAUUUAUCAGUGUUAGAUACCGUUGUAAAGUUACCAGAAUAGAGCAUAUGUAGAAUAUUUUAACUUCUGAAGUUCAGACACCAGGAACAAGUUUACAUUAAGCAUGCAUUUUUUAAGAAUCUAAACAACAAAAGUUGCAAUAUCAAACAAAACGCACCCCAUGACACUUUUUUCCGUUAAGAUACGCGUUUUAACAUAACAUAUUAAGCUUGUCGUAUUGAAAGACAUCAUGUGUUAUUCAAUUAUAAUUUAUAUCAUUUAUAGAGAUCAUUUUAUAACAUUAUGUAUGCACAUUUAGUUGUAUAUGAAGCAUUUGUAAAGGCAUGUUGAUUCGUUUUAAUGUUCAACCGGUACUUUAAAGGCCAUAUGAUGUUUUUUCCCAAACUUUUCUAGUGGUCGAAGACCUCAGGUGCCCCUCUGUGCAUGAACUAGGUCGGACAGAAAAAUCAACUUAUUAAGGCUGUUUCCUUUAAUAUCCCUUAUAACUC